UUUGGGAGCGGCAUGAGGUCGAACCUCCCUCCAAGGCUCCUCCUCAGCCAGCAUCCUUCUAGUAGAGCCCGGAAGCUUCAGUCUUUUCCCAGCGCUCCGGCUGCUAGUCUCGUCGAGGCCGUGGAGGGAGCGCUGGGUGCUGUUUCCCGAGGAAGAGCCGGAGGAGGCUCCCCGAGCGCAGCAGCCCGCCCGGCCCCGCGGGGACCCUGGUGGUUCCGAGCCGCGGGCGCUGCCCCAGCCUCGGGCCAGGCUUCCUGUUGCCGUGCAGUUCGGGUUCCUGGGCCGCCCGGUGACUCCAGUAGUGAAAGGCUGUGUGUACCGAGGAGCCCAGUGGUCGGAAAGGCAUCCAUGGGGCUGUUGAAUGGGGACGCACUGUUGUCGGUGGCCAUAGCUGUGGCCGUCUUCCUGCUCCUGGUGGACCUGAUGCACCGGCGCCAACGCUGGGCUGCUCGCUACCCACCAGGCCCCAUGCCAGUGCCCGGCCUGGGCAACCUGCUGCAGCUGGACUUCCAGAACCUGCCGUACUCCUUCUACAAGCUUCGACAUCAGUUUGGGGACGUGUUCAGCCUGCAGUUUGCCUGGACUCCAGUGGUUGUGUUCAAUGGGCUGGUGGCUGUGCGGGAGGCUCUGGUGAACCACGGUGAGGACACCUCAGAUCGGCCACCAGUGCCCACCAAUGAACUAAUGGGCUUUGGGCCGAAAGCCAAAGGGGUUAUUGGUGCACCCUAUGGACCUGGCUGGCGUGAGCAGCGGCGCUUCUCAGUGUCCACCCUGCGCAACCUUGGCCUGGGGAAGAAGUCUUUGGAGCAGUGGGUGACCGAGGAGGCCACCUGCCUCUGUGAUGCUUUUGCCAACCAUGCCGGACACCCCUUUAACCCCAGUGCCCUGCUGAGCAAAGCUGUGUGCAAUGUGAUCGCCUCCCUCAUCUACGCGCACCGCUUUGAGUACAAUGACCCGAUCUUCAUCAGGAUGUUGAAAUUCCUGGAGGAUGCCCUGAGAGAGGACAGUGGCUUGCUGCUUCAGGUACUGAACUCAAUGCCAGUGCUCCUGCACAUCCCAUGGGUGGCUGCCAACGUCCUCCCUGCACAGAGGUCCUUCAUGGCCUUGCUUAACGAGCUAUUGACUGAGCACAAGACAACCUGGGACCCAGAUGAGCCACCCCGAGGUCUGGCUGAUGCUUUCCUUGCCGAGGUGCAUAAGACCAAGGAGAAGAGCGAGAGCAGCUUCAAUGAUGAGAACCUUCGUCUAGUCAUAUCUGAACUGUUUACUGCGGGGAUGGUGACCACAUCAAUCACAAUGUCCUGGGCCCUGCUCCUCAUGAUCCUGCACCCGGAUGUGCAGUGCCGAGUCCACCAGGAGAUCGAUGAAGUGAUCGGGCAGGGGCGGCGCCCAGAGAUGGGGGACCAGGCCCACAUGCCCUUCACCAACGCCGUGAUUCACGAGGUGCAGCGCUUUGGGGACAUCGUCCCAAUGAGUGUGCCCCACAUGACGUCCCGUGACACUGAGGUGCAGGGCUUCCUCAUCCCCAAGGGGACAAUACUUUUCAUCAACCUGUCUUCGGUGCUGAAGGAUGAGACCAUCUGGGAGAAGCCCUUCCACUUCCACCCAGAACAUUUCCUGGAUGCUGAGGGCUGCUUUGUGAAACGUGAGGCCUUCAUGCCAUUCUCUGCAGGCCCCCGCAUAUGCCUUGGGGAGCCCCUGGCCCGCAUGGAGCUCUUCCUCUUCUUCACCUGCCUGCUGCAACGCUUUAGCUUCUCUGUGCCCAAAGGGAAUCCCCAGCCAAGUGAUCGUGGGAUGUCUUUACCCCUUGUGGCUCCAUCCCCCUACGAGAUCUGUGCUGUAUCCCGCUAGAAGAGGCACCAUGCCCUCUGCUUGUCCACUGGAUGGGAGACUUGAUGUAUAAUAAACCAGUCUGUGACUCUUA